CACGUGCAAUGCACGUGGCCACGAGCUAGUCUACGAAAAAUACCCGUUCCUCCUCCUCCUCCUCCUCCUCCUCCUCGUGGGCGCGCGCCGUCUUCUUCUUCCGCUACCUUUCAAUGGGCUAUUACAGGCGAGCUUCUUCGCAUGCCCUAAAAUCACUGAAAUGCCGCUCUCUCUUGUCCAGGCUCUCUCCAGCUCCUGCCAAAUUGGACUCGCUCUACCGCCUAUCAGGUGGUGCCUUCCCCAGCUUCGGCUUCGGCUAUGGCUUCUGUUCUCACUCUCGCUCGUACCUCAAGGAGAACGCCAUUGACUUGAGCCAGUACCCUCCGGAAAGGAUAAGGAAUUUCUCCAUAAUCGCGCACGUCGACCAUGGGAAGUCCACGCUCGCUGACCGGCUCUUGGAGCUCACGGGGGCUAUCAAGAAAGGCCAUGGUCAGCCUCAGUACCUCGACAAGUUGCAGGUAGAGAGGGAAAGGGGAAUAACGGUGAAAGCUCAGACGGCGACAAUGUUUUAUAAUCACAACCUCAACGGCCUUAAAGCAGAUGAGGGACACGAAACUCAAGCCUUCCUACUUAAUCUUAUUGACACACCCGGUCAUGUCGAUUUUAGCUAUGAAGUGUCGAGAUCGCUUGCUGCUUGCCAGGGUGCCCUUUUGGUUGUGGAUGCUGCUCAAGGAGUUCAGGCACAAACUGUUGCUAAUUUUUAUCUUGCGUUUGAGUCUGGCCUCUCGAUAAUACCUGUAAUAAACAAAAUAGACCAGCCGACUGCUGACCCUGAACGUGUUAAAGCCCAAUUGAUGUCAAUGUUUGAUCUUGAUCCGAGUGAUGCUCUUCUGACUUCUGCCAAGACUGGACAAGGUCUUGAGCAAGUGCUUCCAGCUGUCAUACAGCGCAUAGCUCCUCCUCCUGGGAAGAGUAAUUCACCUUUGCGAAUGCUUCUGUUGGAUUCCUACUAUGAUGAGUAUAAAGGAGUGAUCUGCCAUGUGGCUGUAGUUGAUGGUGCUGUGCGGAAGGGGGAUAAAAUUUCCUCGGCUGCAACUGCUCAGUCUUAUGAAGUAUUGGAUAUCGGCGUUAUGCAUCCUGAACUCACCCCUACUGGAGUCCUUUUAACUGGACAGGUGGGUUAUAUUGUUAGUGGAAUGCGGUCAACCAAAGAAGCACGGAUAGGAGACACUCUGUAUCAAAGCCGAAACACUGUGGAGCCCCUUCCAGGUUUCAAGCCUGCCAAGCACAUGGUAUUCUCUGGUCUUUAUCCAGCUGAUGGUUCCGACUUUGAGGCACUUAAUCAUGCAAUAGAAAGGCUUACAUGCAACGAUGCCAGCGUCUCAAUUAGCAAAGAGAGUAGUACGGCCCUUGGCCUUGGUUUCAGGUGUGGUUUCCUAGGUUUGCUUCACAUGGAUGUUUUUCAUCAGCGGCUUGAACAGGAGCAUGGAGCUCAUGUCAUUUCAACUGUUCCAACUGUGCCAUAUAUUUUCGAGUAUUCCGAUGGAAGCAAAUUAGAAGUUCAGAAUCCUGCCUUGUUGCCGUCAAAUCCCAAAAGUCGGGUGACAGCCUGCUGGGAACCUACAGUUAAAGCUACCAUUAUUAUUCCUAGUGAGUAUGUUGGAUCUGUUAUCACACUUUGCUCCGAGAGGAGAGGUCAGCAGCUGGAAUACUCAUUCAUUGACAGCCAACGGGUCUUAAUGAAGUACCGCUUACCUUUGAGAGAGAUUGUUGUUGACUUUUAUAAUGAACUCAAGAGUUUGACAUCUGGAUAUGCUUCAUUUGACUACGAGGAUGCAGACUAUCAGCAAUCCGAUUUAGUGAAGCUCGAUAUUCUCUUGAAUGGACAAACUGUUGAUGCCAUGGCAACAAUAGUUCAUACCUUGAAGGCACAGCGCGUUGGCCGUGAAUUGGUCGAGAAGCUGAAGAAAUUUAUAGACAGACAAAUGUUUGAGAUAAUCAUACAAGCCGCGAUUGGAUCAAAGGUCGUUGCGAGGGAGACGAUAUCUGCCAUGAGAAAGAAUGUUCUUGCCAAGUGCUAUGGUGGCGAUGUUACGCGGAAGAGAAAGCUUUUGGAGAAGCAAAAGGAAGGAAAGAAGAGAAUGAAACGUGUUGGUUCUGUGGAUAUUCCUCAAGAGGCCUUCAAUGAAAUCUUGAAGGUGACGUAGAGAACCAUUGAAGUUAUCUAGAGGAUUCUGGCAUGGAGAAAACAAAAUGCAUGCAAUUUCAACAGCUUCUCUGAGAUGGAAACUGACGAGGCAAGUCUGAUGUUUGCUGACAAACAUUAUUCCUGAUAUCUCGGAAGGUUUUAACAUGACCUGGAAGGCGGCCACUUUUCUGUCCUUUGAUUCUACUCCAAGUUCAAUUUUUGACAGUCAUCUCGUGGGUUUGGUCGGGCAGAGAACUGCAGAGUCAGGUCUUAAAGCACCACCUCUGAGGUGGACAGGCAAUUUUGCUAUUUAAGUCAUUUCUCUCAUUCUUGUAUCAAUUGUAAUUGUGAUUGGGAAGCAUUUUGGGUUCUCUCUACCUCCGUGGGUGGGCAAUGGUGAAGUCAAUUUAUUAUUUAUCCAUUUACAUAAAUCUUUGUAAUGUAGCAGAAAUAGACUAACAGUAUCUCUGAUGUAUCGUAUUGUUUGGAAUACAGUGAUGGCCAUCAAGAAGAAACGAUGAAUGUAAUCAAAUAACGAUUCCUUAUUUUAC